GUGUCCAUUUUGAUCACAUGUGAGUAUCUCCAGUCUGUUCUCCUUUUUUCACGGUGAGUCUAGCUGAUCGGCUUGUGAUCACUCGAACAAGUUCAUAAAACGUGCGUUGAAAAAUCCCGAGAACAAAGAACGACAUUAUUUGAAGUCAGUUCGUAUCCGUGUUUCCUUAAACGUUCUCCGAGAGUCGGCAACUUCGACGACGAACCGCACACAAUCCUUUUCGCGCCAUCUUCUCGAAGAAAACGGUCAAAAAACCACAGUAAACUCGUCCUCGAAGAGUAACUAAAAGCAAGGAUGGCAGACAUAGAGGAUACUCAUUUCGAGACUGGAGACUCUGGUGCUUCUGUUACUUACCCAAUGCAAUGUUCAGCUCUGCGCAAAAAUGGGUUUGUAAUGCUUAGGUCUCGGCCAUGCAAAAUCGUAGAAAUGUCAACUUCUAAAACAGGAAAACAUGGCCAUGCCAAAGUACAUCUUGUAGGCAUUGACAUAUUCACUUCAAAAAAGUAUGAAGAUAUUUGUCCCUCUACGCACAACAUGGACGUGCCGUUUGUUAAACGAGAAGAUUAUCAGCUAGCAGACAUAUCCGACGAUGGUUACCUAUGCCUGAUGGCUGAUAAUGGUGAACUCCGUGAGGAUUUAAAAAUUCCUGAUGGUGAAUUGGGUACUCAGUUACGUGCUGAUCAUGAGGCUGGAAAGGAGCUUCUUUGCACUGUACUGAAGGCAUGUGGUGAAGAGGUUGUGAUCGCCAUCAAAACUAACACUGCCAUCGAUAAAUAAUUGUGUUCAGUCCAGACUCCACCAUCACAUUAAAGAAAAAACAAAACACACACAGCUAAUAUAUUAUUAAGAGAAACCUAAGAUACAAUACAAGAUGAUCAAUGGUUAACAUAAGAACAACUACCAACAAAUAGAGAGGAAAAGAGUGGGGGGCACUUGAAAAAGGAUAAAAAGAAGGGAAAAGAUAUAAGAACAAUGAAAAGGAAGAGAAACAUAUAACUUAAAA